AGCCUGCCAGAGCAGCAGGGGAGUGCUGAGAGCCGGAUCCAGGCGAGCAGCUGGGACAGGAGGGGUGGGGGUGCUGGAGGCGGCCGUCUCAGCAGAGCAGCCAGUGUCAGCGGGCGGAGCAGCACAGCAGGACACAGCGUUGCUGCUGGGCUCUGGACGGGACGGUCCUGCUGCUGCUGCACACCUGAGUCCUCCAAGUCCAGACAUGUUUGACAACUCCCACUACCCGUUCAACUGCUUCAACUACGACGGGGACGGAUACCCUUCCUCUGGUACCGAUGAGGAGAAGAAGAUCUGCAGACCCGCUUACAGCUACAUCGCUCUGAUAGCCAUGGCCAUCCAGCAGAACCCGGAGCAGCGGGUCACUCUGUCCGGCAUCUACGACUUCAUCAUGAAGCGGUUCCCCUACUACCGGUCCAACCAGAGAGCCUGGCAGAACUCCAUCCGGCACAACCUGUCGCUCAACAGCUGCUUCAUCAAGGUCCCUCGCACCGAGGGCAACGAGAAAGGAAAGGGGAACUACUGGACCUUCGCGGCCGGCUGUGAGUCCAUGCUGGACCUGUUUGAAAACGGAAACUUUCGGCGGCGCCGGCGCCGGAGGAACAUGAAGAUUGGCCUCCAGGAUUCAGGAGACGCCUCUUUUCACGCAGCGGAGAGCCACGUCCACCAGCGAAGGCCGGCGUCUCGCCGCCCUGAGCUUGACUCUGCCCUCUGCAACCUGAACCCUGAAAGGCCCAGGUCCGGUCCCCAUCAGAACCACCUCAUCCCGACCUCAAGCCAGCAGGGAAAACCAGAGUCAGAGAUCAAGUUCAGCAUCGACUACAUCCUGUCCACUCCAGAUCCACCACAGCCUGCGUUCAGAUCCUCUCAUGGCCCGCUACAUUUAGUCCCAGCGGUACCGCCGGCCCAUGUUCUGGAGCAACCGCACCUGAACCUGCACUUCUGGACUCUUUGAGAAGACAAAUAAUGAAAAACAUUUCUACGUGAUGACGAGAACUUGGACUUGAAGCGUUUUCCAAAACUUGAACAUGUAUUACGGGAAACAAAGAGGUUCUGCCGGAUGUUCUACUGGACCUGAGAUGGAAAAGGUUACUUCAAGGGAGCGUCUGAGAAAAACAUCAAUGUUCACCAAAAGAUAAAAACUCAGUAGAGUCUCUGUGUUGUUUUACCUUUUGUGCUGUAAUUUGUGCCUACAGUCAGUAUUUCAAGUAUAGUUAAUAUGCAUUUACACAGAACCUGUGAGUCCAGCUGUGAUGUGAACGUGUCAGAAGAACCUCAGCAGCACAGAACAUGUUAGAAUCAUUUCAGAACCCGUUUCCUGCAGCACAGACAAAUAAACCUCAAUUAAGACCCGUGGCGUUCAUCAGAGUGACAGAAAAAGACUUUUAUAUUUUAAAUUAAGACUUCUUGAGUUAUCUCUUUUGUAUUUUAUUAUUGUAACUUUAUCUGCUGCAUACAAGACGUCUCAUGUUUCACAACAAUGUUUUAAAAUGGCCUUAAUUUUUGACACAAGUUCAGGUAAAACAGAGAGAAGAAAAAAAUCAUUUCCGGACUUUAAACAUCAGACUUUAGUCAAAAUCCCAAAUAUUCAAAAAGUUCAACAUUUUCCCAACAAACGCUUCAUCAUGUUUGCAAAGAUUAUAUCGUUAGCAAAACAUUUAGCUAACCGAUAAAACCUGUCAAUUUCUGCUGAAUGAAAAUUUGAUUGAUUGAUUGAAUGUUUGGGCUGCUAGCCGCUAGCAUGCUAACUGCUAGCACUAGCAUGCUAACAGUCGAACUGUUCUGGUUCUGGUUGUGGUUGUAAAAAUACCACAUGUCCCAUCUUAGGUCCCAUGUUUAAAGCUACACAUAGAAACGUCACAGUUAGCACUAAAUGUUCUGGUUCCGCCCGGUUUCUCCGGGUUUCUCUCCCACUCUAAAAGCAUGAAUGUUCAGACGCCCCACCAUAGAGUUACCAUGACCAAUAAAAGCCGUUUUAAUGAUCUAAAUGGGACUAAAUGGAGGAGAAGUGAGCUGAGGGGCCGUAGCUCCUAACGGAUGCGUUGCUCUGCUCUGAACAGCAGCUUUAUUGGCAGCUUCAGCCCGGCUGGAGGCUCAGCUCCAGCGGGCCGGUCCAGAACAUCUUCUCAUCAUGGACCAUGUUUCCUGUCGUUAGCAGGAUCUGGGCUUUCCCACCGUGAUAAAAGGCUGCCGUGAAGCAGGCCGGUUGUUUUCGCUUCAGCUCAGAUUUAGCUAAUUUUUCAUUGACCUUUGGAAAUCCUGAUUGACUGACACUUAAUGCAGUAAUGCAGUCAGUCUUUAUUACAGCGCAUGGCAUUAAGUCUGCUGGAGGCCCGUGGAAACGGAGGUCUGGGGAACAUUUCUCUCCUGAACAGGGAGAUCAAUCACUGCAUGUUGGCUCGCUGUUGAAGGGACAUUUUUCAAUUUAACCUUUAUAUUAUGUCUUGACUACAUGAGAGGAGGGCUUCGACACACUUAACAUGAGUGGCAUUUAAUAUAGCAAAACACUUGCAAGGUGAGGCCCAGAAGUGACCCUAUUUAAAUACCACGGCCGCUCCCCGAGCUUAAACAGCAGCACCUCCCCCGACGGCACGUGCACACCCACAAAGCCCUGACGCAGGUAUAAUUAAACACACCUUAUGCCUCCUUUGCAAAUGCCCCUCGUGGAUGUGCGGGUUUUUAACAUUCGCGUGUGAACUGCCCCCCAGCAACCGUCUGCGUGGCACAAAGCGUUCAUGGAUCAGCAAGUUUCCAUUAACAAAGUUGUUGAUGUUGAGGAGCGGAGGCUUGCUGUAGCUGUGAUGCCGUGGAUAUAUUUGGGUAAAUUAACUUAGCAUAAAGUGCUUCAAGGCUACAGGAGUCUUUGGAGGCGGCUAAACAGAAAACGGUGCAGCAGUCAGGCUGCAAAAGUCAAUGCACAUAUUACCAGCUGAGUGACUAGGUGGCAGUUUAGCUACUGGCAGUGUGUCUGAAUGCAUCACUUCUAUUAAACAACUAUUGGAAAUCCA